GUUCCAGGACAGCCAGGGCUACACAGAGAAACCCUGUCUGGAAAAACAAAACAAACAAAAAAUACCCCCAAAGUCUGUAGGUUUGACCACAGACCAAACUGGUGGGCAUUUUUUCCAACUGAAGUUCUCUCUUCCCAAACGGCUCUGCUUAUGUCAAGUUGCCAAAACCCAAGGCGAGCACACUCCCGAUGUUGGUGGAGACAGACUUCAAGUGUCUGAAGACUUGACCUCCACAGGGGCCUUAGGAAGGCAGAGGAGGGGGAGGGUCUUGGAGACUGGAGAGAGCAGAGCAGUGGUGCAAAGGUCCUGUGGCCGCCUGAGGCGGGAAGGACACAGGGCUCUAGCCUUUCUUCUCUGGGUGCAGCACAACCCAGGGGUGUUGAUAUGUAGAGGGGUGUCCCUCAAUAAGGGUCUGGGCCAAGAGCAAAACAUGGGAGGGACGGUGUGCCCAUCUUGGAGGAAAGUGGGAGAGAACUCAACGGAGUGUGUGAGAAAGCGCCUCAGAACUCAGCGCUGAGGCCCAGGAUCUACCCCAGACGUGUCAAAAGCGAGCCAGCUCCAGCCCCCGGCUCUGUUGGAACUGCAAGGUCUCGUGCGAUGCAAGGACACAGACUGGGGAUAACUGACUCGUCAGGCAGAGCUCAGUCCCAGGAGAAACCCCCACUCCGGGCGUGGCCGCAGGGGACCCCACCAUCCAGAACCGAGUCUGGCCUCUCUGCCGCUCUCGUGUGGCCACCUCUGGAAAUGAAGUCAGAGCUCGAGUCGGCCGGGGUGGAGCCGUCUAGGACUGGCUGAUUUCCAUGCACUUGACCCACCAUGGUGACCCCAGCCUCUAGCCUCAGCCUUCCCGUCCAUAGAACUGGGGCCUGGAACCUUCCCAGACCUUCCCUGCGCGUCUGUUCCGCCCGUGUUCCCGGGUCCCUGACUCUCUGCCUCCUGCGGAGUGGAGGUCGGGCUGGGAAAGCCCCCAGGGAAACUCCCACGGAUAGGGAGGAGGGGGAGGAGAGGCAGGGUCUCAAGACGGCGGGAAGCCACCAGCCGCUGCUAUUUAAACCGCUUCCCUUGGCGGUCACAAGACAGAGGGACGACAUGGAGUCCAGCCUGGUCCUCCUGCUGGCCCUGGCCAUGGCGCCCUUCCAGCUUGGCAGUGGCCAGUCCCUCCAUGUGGAUCCCCCUGAUCCUGUGGUGGCUGUGGCCAAAGACACAACCCUCCGGCUCAACUGCAGCCUGCCCUGUGACGAGGGUGUAGCCCAGGCGCAGUGGCGUGGCCUGGACACCCACCUGGGCAAUGUGCAGAACCUCCCAGGCAGCAGCAUCCUCUCCAUACAUGGUCUGCUGACAGACGCUGGCACACGUUUGUGUGUGGGCUCCUGUGGGGGCCGAAGCUUCCAGCACUCUGUGCAGAUCAUUGUGUACGGUGAGGCCCACUCUGCCCUUCUAGGUGCCACCUACCCAGGGGUAUCAGGACCUUGCACCACACCAAUGCCAUCACCCACCAGGUCCCCGCACCCCAGACCCACAAGGCUGACACAUCCGCCCUUCCUGUCCCAGACACCUAAGGCACAUAGCUGCAUCAUCACCCCAACCAAACCUACCUCCUCCGCCUGGCUCAGCCCUGGGCCCCAUCUUCCAUCCGCAGCCUUCCCAGACCAGCUGGCGGUGUCUUGGUCAGGACAGGACCAAGAGGUGUCCUGCACGGCCCACAACAUCUGGCCCCCAGGCCUAGACAUUCUCUCCUUCACCCUGCUACUGGGAGACCAGAGACUGGAGGGGGCCCGGGCCCUGGAACCAGAGCAAGAGGAGGAGACGCAGGAGGCUGAGGGCACGCCGCUGCUCCGAGUGACGCAGCGCUGGUUGCUGCCCUCCCUGGAGACCCCUGCCCCCCCUGCCCUCUACUGCCAGGUCACCAUGCAGCUGCCCAGCCUGGUGCUGACCCACAAAAGGGGGCUUCCAGUCCUACAGAGCUGGACCUCACCAGAGCCCCCCAACACCACCUCUGCCAAGCCCUACAUCCUGACCUCAUCACACACUACUGAGGCCAGCUCCACUGGGCUCCCCAACAGCACAACCCUGCCGUCUACCCCUCCUCAUUCCACACUUAGCCCUAGGACUCUGAGCUCCGCUGGAACUUGCUAUCCCGAGAUCCACCAGGACCAGGAGGCAGUCUGGCAGCUACUCUGUGAAGCAUCCUGUGGGCCUGGAGUGACUGUGCGCUGGAUCCUGGCUCCUGGCAACCUGUCAGCCUACCACAAGAGGGAGGCCGGGGCUCAGGCGUGGCUAAGCGUGCCUCCCCCAGGUCCCAUUCCUGAGGGCUGGUUCCAGUGCCGCCUGGACCCCGGGGGGCAGGCAGUCAGUCUGUAUGUCUCCAGUCAGGUGUUCCCAAAACCCUCCUCCGACAUCACCCUAUGGAUUGGCAGCUUGGCGCUGGGGCUGCUGGCGCUGGCCUUCCUUGCCUACCGCCUGUGGAAACGCUACGGGCCGAGUGUUCCCCCAGACACCAGCUCAUGCACACUCCUGUGAAGCUGGGUUCGGGGCAGUCAAGAUGUUAGAGUGUGGCCCCUUUCCUUGGUGGUCAGCACAUCCACAGGUUCCUUCCAGCUGCUCGCCCAGCGCAGAAUAAAGGCCCCUUAUCUGGCCA